AUGUACGUUUCACCUAGUUACUCAACUGCAUCAUGUAAAGGCACCAAGAAGAUAUAUUCCAACAUCAGACUGAUUUCAUUGGACUUUGGCGUUAAGGAAGCAGACUAUGAUAGUACCUUUGAACCUGACAGUGAAGAAGCAAGCUCUGAUGAAGAUUAUGAUAUUUCAGAUGUUGAAGAUUUUGAGCUUGAAUUGUCAAUGAUAGCAAACAAUCUAACUCUAGAUGAUAUGGAAAACCUCCCUAUUCAUGGUGCCUAUGAUAGAGAUACUCUGAUUGAUGAUGACGAGGAAGACGAGGAAGAGACAGAAGAUGAUGAUCCACAUUCAAUAGAAGGAAGGGACUUGGUUGCCGAACGCAAGGCAGUUGUUUUUGAAGGCAAUGUAAGAGAGCUCGCCAUGAUGAAACCAGUCACCACCUAUACAGUAAAAGGGUGUGAUCAACAAGUCCUGUUGAAUACGAGAUGCACAGGGACAGCAAUUCACCAUAAAUGGAUGUGUGAAAAAGGUCAUAUAGUGAAGACAUGGUGCUCGCAACCGAAAAUAAGGAACAGGCUUGCCGGUGACUUUCUCUUGUCUUGUGCCAUUCUCACAAGUGGUAACAACUACGAGAAGGUGAAACUCAUGUUUACAUUCUUUGGAAUGGGAGUUACAGCCAGGACCACCUUCUACCAGAUGCAAGGAAAGCACUGUGUGCCAGUCAUAAACCAGUAUUUCAAAGACAUGAUAAAAAAGAACAGGGAAAGAUUGAUUGGAAAGACAGUCACAAUUGCAGGAGAUGGUAGAAAUGACAGUCCCGGCCACAGUGCUUAGUACUGUACGUACACCUUCAUUGACCACAACACCAAAGACAUUCUUGGGAUGGAAAUUGUGGACAAGAGGGAGACUGAGUUAAAGUCCAAUAUAAUGGAAAGAGAAGGGAUUAAGCGUUCCAUGGCUGACAUAUCAUCAGCAGGAAUUGAGAUCGGAGAGAUAGUGACUGAUGCAAGCACCACCAUAGCUGCUCUGAUAAGUGAGUU